AUGACAUUCAACGAUUUCCCACAAGAACUUACAACAAGAAUGAAAUGUUUAUUUCAACGAAAUAAUGAAAAUCCUAUAUCAGAAGAUAUUUUAAUUGAUGAUCAUUCAGAUGGUGCACUAUCAACAACACUAAUUCAAAUACUAUCUCACAAGAAUGAUCAUAAUGAAUUGGAAAUGCUUGUUGGCUAUGUUACUACUACUCGACGUCUAUCUAGAGGUUAUACUUUUACUCAAACUUAUUGGGAACAACAUAGAAAACAAAUCAAGAGAGCUUUACAAUAUAUGUAUGGGAAAGAGGCUCUUAAAGAAUUAUCCUGA